GGGCUGCGGGGGCGCGCGCGGUUUCUCCACUGCUGUUGCGCAGUAGCGCCCACGCUGCCCCGCCUCCUCUCUGUGUGGCGACGGUGGCGAGCACGUCGUGUUCUGUGUCGCGCACGUCACGUGCUAACGGACCCUGAGGUGGGAGAGAAGGGGCUCCGGUCCGGCAAAGUCUAGCUAAGGACCGAGUAACACAAGAACGAGACCGGCCGGGACAACGAUGGUUCGGAGAGCAGUUCCAGGCUGAGGCAAGAGAGGAGGAGGAAGAGCCCGCCGUUAUCAUUUUACCUCAGGCAAGCCGCCAAGAGGCCUCGGGCCUAGCCGCGGGUGGGAGGUGAUGCCGGACCCGCGCUGAGUAUGGAGGAGACCCACAUCUCGUGCCUGUUCCCCGAGCUGCUGGCCAUGAUCUUCAGCUACCUGGACGUGCGCGACAAGGGGCGGGCGGCUCAGGUGUGCGGCGCCUGGCGGGACGCGGCCUACCACAAGUCGGUAUGGCGGGGCACCGAGGCCAAGCUACACCUCCGCCGGGCCAACCCGUCUCUCUUCCCAAGCCUGCAGGCCCGCGGCAUCCGCCGGGUGCAGAUCCUCAGCCUGCGCCGCUCGCUCAGCUACGUCAUCCAGGGCCUGCCGGACAUCGAAAGCCUGAACCUGAGCGGCUGCUACAACCUGACCGACAACGGCCUGGGCCACGCCUUCGUACAGGAGAUCGGCUCCCUGCGCUGCUUGAACCUCAGCCUGUGUAAGCAGAUCACGGACAGCAGCCUGGGCCGCAUCGCCCAGUACCUAAAGAGGCUAGAGGUGCUAGAGCUGGGGGGCUGCUCCAACAUCACCAACACAGGUCUGCUACUCAUUGCCUGGGGGCUUCAUGGCCUCAAGAGCCUCAACCUGCGAAGCUGCCGGCACGUCUCCGAUGUUGGAAUCGGCCACCUGGCCGGCAUGACCCGCAGCGCCGCUGAGGGCUGUCUGGGCCUGGAGCAACUCACCCUGCAAGACUGCCAGAAGCUCACCGACUUGGCCCUCAAGCACAUCUCCAGGGGUCUCCAGGGCCUGCGCGUGCUCAACCUCAGCUUCUGCGGCGGCAUCUCCGACGCAGGGCUGCUGCACCUUUCCCACAUGGGUGGUCUGCGGAGCCUUAACUUGCGCAGCUGCGACAACAUCAGCGACACGGGCAUCAUGCACCUGGCUAUGGGCAGCCUACGACUCUCAGGCCUGGACGUCUCAUUCUGCGACAAGGUGGGCGACCAGAGCCUGGCCUACAUCGCCCAGGGCCUGUACGGGCUUAAGUCACUGUCGCUGUGCUCCUGCCACAUCAGCGACGAUGGCAUUAACCGUAUGGUUCGCCAGAUGCACAGCCUGAGGACCCUCAACAUUGGACAGUGCGUGCGCAUCACAGACAAGGGACUGGAGCUCAUCGCUGAGCACCUGAGCCAGCUGACCGGUAUCGACCUGUACGGCUGCACCCGCAUCACCAAGAAGGGACUGGAGAGGAUCACACAGUUGCCCUGUCUCAAAGUGCUCAACUUGGGACUCUGGCAGAUGACUGAGAGUGAGAAGGUCAGGUGAGGGGUCCCCCAACCCAUCCCUGGCUCGCAUCAUCUAUGGAAGAGACUCUAGGACUAAAUGCAUCAUACUGCCUGUAGGGUUGUGUGAGAGGAAAGUAGACAGGCCGAGUCUAGUGCCACAGGGAGGUGGCAACAGGUCCCUUGUGGCAGUAGAAAUGAUUGUCACAUGGGUUGUUACAAUUUUUACACCAAUAUCGUAAAUGGUUAACUCAAUAGACCCUCCCUGGGUUCCUUGACAGCAUGGGUUAGCCACUGCCAGUGUGGCUGGCAUAUCACUGUUUUUAAAAUAAUGUAUGUUUGGUUCAUCAAAGGUUUUCAUUGCUAGGGAACCGCAAGUCCCAGUGAGCUGUUCUAUGUGGCAAAGCAGUGCCAGGGCCUGGAAACUUACCAAUUAGAAUAAAAUCAUAUUUGGUUGUAAUCAAUAAAAACAGUGAAUGUACUCAAGGUAACCGAUGUGUUUUGGGAGAUGAUGGGCAAUUCUAUUCUUUCAAAGUUAUGUCUAUUACAUUUAGUACCUUUACUGUUUUUAACAAGAUUUGCCUGGGGGGGGGGGGGAGAUUUAACUCCCUUAAAACUGACCAGUUGAUGACUCACUGUUUUUAAGAGCUGUAGCACAUCUGAAGCAUUUUCAGCAUGCAUCACAGUGUGUAUUGAAUGCCUGGACUCCCUGCUGUGCCCUGUGAUUUCAUCUGCCGAUCACUACAAGUAACAGUAGAGUCCAACAGAUGAACCCAUUGUGCAUGGAGGGGUGUGCAGGCAUUCAGCACACCAGGAAGUGUGAUGCUGAAAAUUCUGCCAGAAGCUGUAGCUCUGGAAGGCAGUGAAAUUAGAAAUCAUUUAAGAGGCUUCUUCUGCGGGGAGCUUUUUAGAUGAUUUUUUUUUUUUUGUGAAUUGGGAUGGUAUAUUGGUUGCAGAAGUACAAGCCUUUCUUGCUGCUGUGAACACAUGGACAGUGUCAACUUUUUAGAUGGCUUUUUUUGUUUUACUACUUGACAGGGCACCCUGGGGCUUGCAGUUUGCUGGCAAACAGUUGGCAUUGCCUCAGAGUUGCCCUUAACCUGCUAAAUAACAUGGUUUAGACUGAAGUGGUUAACCCAUGCUGACGGUCUUGUCACUAAUUCUGUUCUCGAACAACGGAAGGGUUAAUGGGAGCUGCACCAGUAACAUUUCUUAAUAUUUUUUUAGUUUUUUUGUAAGUAAUGCUAACUUUCCAGUACAAAAAUCUAUUGAAACAUUCCCCUGUAACGUGGCUGAUAUUACUUACUGGUAGUAUUAGUUACAGGAUUCUGCCAUAAAACAUUUUUAUUUCUACAUUUCUUAUCUCGCUUUAUUUUACAUAAAUAUAUUCCAUAUAACUUGCUACCUCGUUUUUACUGUUUUUUUUCUUUUUUUUUGUGCCCUGGAAAGUGUUUUGUUUUUUUGUACCUAGACUGGAAAAAUAUCCCAUUUUACGGGUUCUUCAAAUACCUAUAUUUUAUUUUUAUUUUUUUCACAUGCCUGCUCUCCCUUUACUCCUUGCCCUUGUGAGAACAAUUCUUGUUUCUCAACAAUGAUCUAGAAUUCAUAUGCUCACUCUUGCCUAGACCAAUAUGAGGUUGGCCCUUAAUUUAACCCACUCAUUCCCUGCCAGCCAACUUGCACAUAGCAACUUACUAGUGUUCCAUCCAGCAAAGAGUUGGAUAAGCCCUGUUUUUAAAUGAAAUGAAACCCAGUCAGUCUGUUGUAUUCUACUGUUUUUAUAAACUGGUUUAUGACUGCUGUUUUAUAUUUCUAUAUGGUUUAAAAAAAAGUGUUUCCCAUGCUCAGAUUGGUAUCCAACCUUUUAGCGUGAUUAGUGUUUUAAAGCGGAGACAGUUAAGUUGAACAGUUAUUAUUGUUCCAGUUAAAGAUUUCAGUUUUAGAAUGGAAGUGCAAGCCUUUCUCAACUCUUGCUGCUGGAGAUGGUGCAAAGCCUAGUUCCUUGCUGUUGACAAUAGUCAAAUUAUAUAUGCAAACAUGAGACUGUAUCUGAUCCUUACCCCCCCCCCCCCCUCCAAAAAAAAAAUGAGUACAUCUUUUUUUGACAUUUUGUAUUAGUGGGGCACAAUCCUAGGUCAUAACAGAUUGGGGUUGAAUUGUGUACUCACUCUUUGUUCUGUGGAUCACAAAACUCAUUCAGCUUGUUUUGAGAGUUUGAUUUGAAUUUACACAUGGACUUUUCUUGAUAUUUCUGUUCUUUUGUUGAAAUAAACUUUGCCCCCCCCCCCCCUUUUCCUGAGCAUCUCCACAGUUGGAUCUCACCUAGAAACGUGCCGAAUUUCAUUGUACUGUCUGUGAAUUUGUAUAAAGAAAAAGAUCCUCCGAAAACGCUUUAUAUUCUUACAGUUAAAAGGUUAAACGGAUAUUUAUAUAAUAAAAGAGGAAAUAUGAUGUAUGUUUUUGAGAAAGA